CUUCUCUAAUGCAUUGAUACGCUAGCCCUGAUGGUCAUUACGCUGCAGCGGGAUCCGCAAGUAUGUAAUCGUGAUUUGGAGCUUUGUUUACAGAAUAAGUUUUAACUCUUAGGACUAUCGUCCUUUCAUCUUAUAGCUGGCAACAUUCAUUUUUGGAACACUAUGACUGGCAAACACGAGGCGUCAGUCUCAGGGCAUAAGUAAGGCCAUCACAAAAUGCAUUACAAUUUUCAAGAACUCCUAUUUAACACCAUCUCUCCAUAGACAACCCAUAUGUGCAGUUGCUUGGAAUCCCCUUGGCACACAGAUGUUUAGUGCAGACCGCAACAAGAGCUAUUGUAUUUGGGACACAUCCAGUCAACUUUAAUGCCAUACCCGUGUUCAUUAUGUAGCACACAUGAUAGUAUGGGAGCACCAAAAAUGUCAACCAUACUAUUGAGCUCUGACUUUUGUACAUUUACAAAUUUUUACUUUUCUUUUGGCUUUCGGUAUUGCUAUUUAAAGUACACUAUGCAAUAUUGCUACCUAUGUCUUCUAUAUCAUCGGCAUAACCAAAGCCUAGCAAUCAUAUUAGAAGUAAAGAAUUAAAUUAUGAUGGAGUCCUGGACAUGA